AAGCAAUUUUUGCUUUAUAUUUCUUUUCUUUGCACGGACACGUUUAUUUACGAAAAAAAGUGGAACCGUAAAAAAUUCAUAAACUAAAAAUAGAAACAAAAAUUAACCAGUUGAGUAACUUGGAAGUAUAUAUUUCUCUCAGUACAAUAGUUUUAGUCGAAGUUAUUUUGCACACACAUCGGCAUUAUGAAUUGUUGUGUAUGUUUAAUUAAAACCCCAAAGCUUCCAACAUUGAAUAUAUUCGACGAAGAUGGCGUGAAUCUAGAAAUAUGUAACAUCAUAGAGCAACAUUUAUGGUUCAAGCCCCAACCGAAAAAUGCGGAAACUGAAAUAAUAUGUUAUGAAUGUUGGGAAAAACUUAAAGACUUUCACGAUUUUUAUCAAAGUGUACUUAAGCUCCAUGAAAAUCAUGCUAUGAACAAUGAUGGUAAUACUUCUGAAUGCUCUAUUAAAAUAGAAGAUGUCGAUCAAAAUGAAGAGACGAUGGAUUUUGGAAUUGAAGAUCAGAACCAUUUAGAAGAAAGUUCUUUAAAAGUUGCGAAAUGUGAAAUGGCUGAGGAAACAACAAACACAACUGAACCGAAAAGACAAAGUCUAAGACGACUCAGAAGUAAAUCAGUUUUCGCGGAAAAUCGAAUGAACAAUUUAGAAGAGCAGCAUACCAAUUCUGGAGCAGCUGCAAAAAUUAGUUCGCAGAGGGACGGAGUAAAAAAAAGACCAAAAAAACAGCGUGCCAAAGCAAAAGUUUUAUUGCUGGAAAAUGAAAAUCUUAUAAAAAAGCACUUAAAAAUGUUAUGUGACCUCUGUCCUUACACAGGAACUGAUUUCACUGAUUUAACUCAGCAUUUUAAAGAACAACAUCCUGGCAUGAAGUCGUACAUUAAAUGUUGUACGCGGAAACUUAAUUGUCCUUCAGAUAUAAUACAACAUGCCCAACUGCAUGAGGACCCGAAUUGUUUUAUGUGUGAAGAAUGCGGUCGGACAUUUUCUAAUAAAUCUGGGCUUAAAGAUCAUCACUUACAAUACCAUGAACCCGAGGAGAAUUUAAAUUUUGCUUGUGAUAUCUGCCCACGAAAAUUUGCUAGACAUAAUUUAUUACAGCAUCACAAGUCUAAACAUGUUCCUAAAGAUCAACGAUCCUUUUUCUGCAAUACAUGUGAACCGCCCAAAGCCUUCGCCAAUGAAUAUAUUCUACAAAUUCAUAUCAACUCUCGCCAUCGUAAAGCCCCAAAUGUAUGCCACGUAUGCGCUAAAGCAAUACGUAGCAAUCAAUCUUUUGAAAAACAUGUACGUUCCCAUUUCGAGGACAGCGGCCCUCGCAUAAAAUGUCCGCGAGAAGAUUGCGAUAGUUGGCUUAAAGAUGAUGAAAAUUUAAAACAGCAUUUAAGGCGUUUCCACUGCGCAGACCAAAGUCUUGAAUGCCCCAAAUGCGGACGUUUUUGUAAAAGCAAACACUGCUUAAGUAAUCACUUGAAAAAAACUCAUUCCACGGAAGUGUUUACAUGUGAAGAAUGUCAAAAAACGUUCAAAAGUGCCAAAUCGUUAAAAGAACACCGCGCAUCACACACUGGCGAGCCCUUGUAUAGUUGUCAGUUUUGUUUACGAAGCUUUAAUUCCAGUGCUAAUAUGUAUUCGCAUAAAAAGAAAAAGCAUCCGAUUGAAUGGGAAUCAUUAUGUCAACGUAAUAAAGCGUCGCGAUAAGAAUUUGUUUAUUAAGUACAACUUAAAUAAAGAACAUAAGUUGAUGUUAUAAAUUUUGAAUUUAGAGGCACUCAAAUUUUUUGUUGAGUGUGUGUUGGUUGCGAAAAGUCGAAAGAGCAAUUAUGCUUUACUGUUCUCUUCAAAACUUCAUCGAGGAAUAGUAGUUGGGUUCUUUUAAAACGUACCACUAGGUUUUGCGAAACUCUUUUCAAUAGGAUAAAUAUUGUAUAAUGCAAAAUUAAACAACAAAUAUGGUUUCAAAGGUAAAAGGAAGAGAAAUUUGGGAACAAUUUAUGGCUUUGCUCGUUAUUUAGAAGUAUAAAGUU